CUCCCGCUGUCGUUACGCGGUUGGAGAGGUUGUGUGACGGCUUCAGUUAAGACGUCAGCUCGUCGCCUGGCUCUUCGUACUGUCUUUCCACACGCUUUAAAAAUAUAUACAAGCACUUAAGUCUGUCGGAGGCUUCAGAGAAUGAGAAGGUGAAGACGGGGGAAGUUGUAUUUGAGCCUUUGCGGACUUGGGACAAAACUGUGCAUCAGAACGCGGCAGGCAGUGAGUAAAUCUUGUCUAGUUCUUACUGAUGGCGUCCCAACUGACAGAUCUGUGUCUGAGGGUUGUGUUCGUCGUGGCCGCCGUCCUCUCCCCAGGUUCAACUGAAAAUGACCGUGACUGGACAUUUUGUGGCACCUGGCUCCAUGACCAGCAGUUUCUGCACCUGGAUCUCAACCUCUCCCCCGGAUGUAAUGGGUUGUCAGUCUCCGCCAAUGAGAGCGUUCUGUCCAUCAAUGGGCAGUUCACAGCCCGCUGUCGCCGGUCUGAUGUGAUUCCCCUCAACCAGUUUGUGCUUGACUUCGAGGACGGUGACUUCUGCCUGUACUGGGAGCCACUGCAGGACCAGCUGAAGCUGCAGAUCGGCAGAGAGAACCUCACUCUGUGCUGGCCCGCCCGGCCACAGGGCUCCUGCUGCACUGACCUGUCUCUUGGCAGCAAUGAGCCUGAAGCAGACUACGGCAUCAACAAAGCAAUGAUCAGAACGGACGUCAUCUCCUCUAAAACCUUCACUACUUACACAUUCGAUGCAAGACCCAUCAGCUGCAAAACCUUAUGUGAACAAGUGAAGCACAAAGCCACCCAGUUCAACAUGGUUGAGCACCAUGCUGAGGACUCCUGUCCUGAGAGCUUGGAUUUGAAGAUAAAGGACGAUUUCAGAGGCCUCAACUUCACAUCUUUGGCCACGAGAGGUGUGUAUGAAGAGCCCAUCACCACUAUCUAUCUCCCACCUGCUCUAAAACAAACCACGGAGACGACCAGUAAAGUUGUCAUCACGUUCUUCAGAAACAACACCCUGUUCCAGGAAAGUCGCAAGGAAGUCAAGAUUCUCAACGAGGUGGUGAAAAUCACUGUGGAGAACGAGAUCAUCACUGGUCUUUCUGAGCCAAUCAGAAUAAGCUUUUAUCAUGAUGUCAUACAUAAAAGACAUCUUAGGAAAUGCGUUUCAUGGGACACCAGGACAGACCCACUUCAGGUCAAGUGGUUGUCGGAUGGAUGUGAGACACAGGAGAGAGAUGACGAACACACAGAGUGUCUCUGUAACCACCUGACCUACUUCUCUGUGUUAGUGCAAUUGGAGCCUCGGCCAGUGCGCCAUCUCCUGGCGCUGACUAUCAUUACAUCCGUGGGCUGUGCUUUGUCUGUGAUCAGCUGUGUUGCUCUCAUCAUUUUUCUUUGCAGGAAGAGCAAACGAUCAAAAGAGCAGUCCCUACCUAUCCACUUGGGUUUAGCCGUGUCCCUCGCCUUCCUCAAUCUGCUCUUCUUCUUCACUGGGGUCUUGGCCAAUAUGGGAGGGGAGGGAUUGUGCACCUGGGUGGGGGCAGGACUCCACUACAGCCUGCUCUGCGCCUUCACUUGGAUGGGCAUAGAGAUUUUCCACACCUUCUGGUUGGUGUACAUGGUUUUUACCCCCUCCCCAAAACCCUAUGUGUGGAACUUGGUCGGUUUUGCUGUUCCCGCUGUUCCCAUUAUCAUCCUGGCUGCAGUAGGUGACAUUUAUGGACUGAAAACGGUGGUGCCUAGCGACGACGUCUCCAACCCGUAUCUGAUGUGCUGGAUGAAAGAUGACAACAAGGCCUUGCUGGCUCACUAUUUCACCACCAUGACCGUCCUGGUUGUCCUUGUGUCCUCCGGCAUUGUGAUGCUCUUCCUGGUCUACCAGAAGAUCCGUGUCAGGAAUGAAUGGAGUCAGAACCGUGUGGCAUUUCUCAGUAUCUGGGGCCUCAGCUGUCUCUUUGGAACAUCGUGGGGUCUGACCUUCCUGGACUUUAAUCCCAUCUCUGACUUUGUCCUUUUCCUCGCCUGCUUCAUCAACUCUUUUCAAGGCGUCUUUCUAAUGCUGCGUUUUUACAUGCUGGAGUGGAUGCGUAAACAGGCUACUGGCUCGGCACUUGGCAGCAACAGCACUGGAUCGACCAGGCAUCAAAUGCUACAGACCCAGGAGAAGAAAUAAAUGGACUGAAAAAGGUGUAGUGCACGGACAGCUGCUUUGUCAAAAAUAGAGUGUUCUAAUCAGCUGUAAAUUUGUGGCAAUGUAAACAGUAACUUGACAGAAGAGUGCAUUUCAAUGUGACCACAACAAGUGGUGAAAAAACAUGUCUUGACUGUAUUUCCCAAAUUGGGGAAGCAGGUUAUGCAAGUUUUUCAUGAUCUGAGUGAAGAGUCAGCAAAAUGUGGUGACAUGCAUGUCUGUGAAGGUUCUCAGUCAUCUUCUGUGGUUUGCUUGCUUGAGCAUGACAGCCAGUUGCCUACAUCUAACCACAGAAGUUGGUGACAUGUGUUUUUGCAAAUUAUUCUUUUUUUCAGCUGCACUGUCCAAGUCUCUUUGAUCAGUCCGGUGUGGUAAACCAUAUCCACAUAACUGUCAAACCAA